GUAGCUCGUGGAUGAAAAUGCCAGUGAGGGAUGCUCGGUCGUACGGGGUGUAUGUGUCCCGCGUUCUGAAAUCCAACACGUUUGCGUAAAAUAGAAACUAGUGUUAGUGAUAUGUGUUAUAAAAUUGUAUGUAAUUAGAAUUAGUGCGUAUAAGUAAACUGUAUAUGUGGUUGUGACAAGAAACGGUGUUAGGUAAUAGUUAUAGUGGAACUGUGUCGUGUAGUGAUUAGACUUUCGUUUUUCUGACGUCCGUAGAAGGUGUCGAUGAGCAGAAAGCUGUAAAAAAUUUAAAGAUAAUUUUGGAGCUCUCGCCAUAAUUGAAGGUGUUUUAAAAUAUUAACUAGAACGAGACGAAGAGUAAAUUCAACAAGGAAUUUCUAUUUAAAGAUAUAACGGGCUGAAUAAUGACGUCUCUAAGCGAAGGUAAAAGAUAACGCCAACAUGGAUAUAGAUCAUAUAGUACUGGAUAAAGAAGCAAUCAACCGGUUUGAGCAAUAUACUUUAGCCAAGCCUUCGCUAAAUGGAGGUAUCCCUUUGGACAGAUGCCAAGAUGCAGACUCGAUGGUAUCUAAUAGCAAGAAGAGAGCACAAAGUUCCCGCCAAAAAGUUGUUUGCUGUUUUUGUUUUAAAACCACUAAGUACAGAAGAAAACAAUUCAUAAUAGGAUCACUUACAAAUUUUGUGAUAUUUGCAGUACUAUUAGCAUACAUAUUUUUGGGUUCAUUCAUAUUCUUAGCUAUUGAGGGUGGCGCAGAAAUGCCGGCCAGACCUCGAAUAUUACCGGACAGACAAAAAUUAAGCCAUAAAGAGAAUAAUAAUACGGAAAAGAAGGAUUCUGAGGAGGAAAAUAAUUUUAGUAAUUUGACGGUGUCUGCUAAUUAUUUUUGGGAAGCAAGAAGCAGAGCGGUAGAAAAUAUUUGGGAAAUAACUGUGUCACUGAAUAUUUUGUAUAGAGAGAAUUGGACAAGAUUAGCAGCACAAGAGAUUUUGAAGUUUCAAAACGAAUUGGUGCAGCGGGUGACAACAGAAAUGGCGUCACAAUAUGGCGUCAGUUACAGAGAGAUGGCGUUGGGGGAGUUUGGUGGUAGCGACCUUGCUAACCAUUAUGAAGAACACGAAUGGAAUCUGGCAUUGGCGUUUUUCUACUCUCUGACUGUAUUAACUACCAUUGGAUAUGGCAACAUCGCUCCAAGAACAAUACUGGGCAAAGGCGUCACCGUAAUAUAUGCGUUAAUCGGCAUACCCCUCACUCUCGUUUACUUGUCCAACGUGGGUUCAUUGCUGUCAAAAAUGGCCCGAAGCGUCUUCAGUAGAGCACUUUGCUGCUGCCUCUGCUCUAACUGCGGUUACUGCUGCUACGACGAAAGAAGAAUGGCCGAAAAGGAAAGAAGAAUGAAACUGAAAAGACAGCAAGAAGAACUCAACAGUCAAAAUACUAGCAAAACCCCAACAGAGGAAUGCUACGUCCUGAAGGCUGAUAGUCAAAAGGACUCAUCCGUGUCAGAAAGACCUACCACGAGUACAGCCAAAGAUGAUGUCAUCAGUUGGCCUGACACUGAUUCUAAACUAUCUAUGCAUGGUUUAAGUAUUCUAGCACCAGUAUUAUUAUGUCUAACAGCGAUUUUCAUUUAUAUAUCUGUCGGGGCUAUAGUUCUUUUCAAGUUAGACCAUAUGGGAAUCGUUGACGGAUUUUAUUUUUGUUUCAUGGCUUUGAGCACAAUUGGGUUUGGAAAUAUUUUUCCUGGUAUGAACUAUACCACCAUCCAUGGUGUUAGAUACUACACAAUAAAUACUACUACACUAUGGUUCUGCUCGGCUUAUACAUUAACCGGUCUUGCUUUGACUGCAAUGUGUUUUGGUGUUAUACAUGAUGAAAUUAUAUACAGGAUAAAGCACCAGCAAAAACAGUGGUCUCAGAAAAGCAACACAGUUAAUGAUGAAGUUAAUUUAAAGGAUCCGUUUUAUAUGAACUCCUGACAUAUGUACAGUAAGGGGAAAUCUGAGAAUUUGUAUAGCAUAAUGGAAGAUAAUUCUGUAGUAGAACGUAAUAGAAUUGAAAUCGACAAUAGGGAAGUAGUUCUUAGUGUAGAUGAUAUACCAGCGGCUGCGGCUAUGGAUAAUAAUGUGGAGUUACCUCCACCACCUCCUGAAGAAGAAAUCAUAGCUAUUGUCACUAAAAAAGAACCUAAAGGUGGUUUUGGUAAUAUGGUAGCCUACAAUGUACUACCAGAAAUGCUGGAUCAUGUGAAUGAUACAUAAUCGUGAAAAAAAUUGUAUAUCGCCUAGUUAAUAUUGAUAUUAUAAUUAAUAUUGAUUUAAAUCUUUUCAUACAUGGACUCUUUGUUACGUUUUUAGAGUUAGACCAAGAUAAGUCUGCAGCGAUGUUGAUAUGCUGUUUUAAGUCAGAAUUUCGUAGAAGUUUGACGUUUAAAAUAUCACUUGCACUGCGUGCAUGGGCUAUCAAAAUCACUGCAGGCUUUUCUUGGUCUAACUACAUCAAAUAUCUUCGUUGUGUAAAAAUAAUAUGUAAGAAUAUGAAAUUGUCAAUGUCAAGUUUUAAUUUAUUGGGCAAUAUUAAGGUAAGUAAAUAACAAGUUGUGUAAAAAAUGUAAAUGGUGUACAUAUUGUAAUUAAUGAUUGUAGUUAAACGAUGUGUAACAUCUUUUAUCUCUAAACCCUUGUCAAAUAUUAUAAUAUCAAACUAUAUCUGUAUCAAUUUUCAUGUGAAUAAUUCUUUGU